AUGAGUGACAAAUUAACCGACGUCGAGCUGGCUAAAACAUAUCCCGAUCAAACCGACACCGAGAACGCCGAGACUAUACCAGAAGGCCAACAGCACGUCAAUGACAGGUCCUCUGAGAAGCCUGUGAAGUCCUCCGAUAAUACCAACACACCUUCGCCGAACAACGCUGGCCAAGAGGUUGACCCCAAUGUCGUCUGGUGGGAUGGCGAAGAUGACCCCGAGAACCCUUACAACUGGCCGGGUUGGCGGAAGUAUCUCAACUGCGGCCUCAUCAGCGCGCUGACGUUCGUAACGCCGCUCGCGUCGUCCAUAUUUGCGCCGGCCGUGCCUACUCUCAUGGUAGACUUCCGCGAGAGCAACCAGGAGCUGGCUUCCUUCGUGGUAUCGAUCUACGUCCUUGGAUUCGCCAUAGGGCCGCUUGUGAUGGCGCCGCUCUCCGAGCUUUAUGGGAGACUGCCCGUGUACCACAUCUGCAACCUAUGCUUCCUUGCUUUUACGGUCGGCUGUGCCUUGGCUCCAAAUAUGGGUGCGCUCGUCACGUUUCGCUUCCUGGCGGGGACCUUUGGCGCAUGUCCCCUCACGAACGGCGGUGGAAGCAUUUCCGACAUGAUACACCAGGACAAAAGGGCUAUCGCCAUGUCGGCCUUCAGUAUUGGCCCUCUUAUUGGCCCUAUCCUCGGACCUGUCGUUGGCGGCGUGGUAGCAGACAAAAAGGGCUGGAGAUGGGUUUUCUGGAUUGUAGCGAUUGUCAGCGGAGCUCUGUCGGCCGCGAUGAUUGUGUCGAUGCGCGAGACGUACGCCCCGGUCAUCCUGCAGCGCAAGACGAAGCGGCUGAUCAAGGAGACGGGCAACACUGAUCUGCGCUCGAAGCUUGAUUCCCGCCUAUCGAAGGAGGAUACUUUCAAGAGAGCGAUCGUCCGGCCAAUGAAGCUGCUCAUCUUUUCGCCCAUCUGUACUGUAUUCGCGCUGUUCAUGGCGCUGGUUUACGGGUAUCUCUACCUCUUGUUCACGUCGGUUACGUUCGUCUUCAAGGGCGCCUACGGAUUUGGUACUAGCACCGUUGGGCUUGUUUAUCUUGGCCUCGGGGUUGGCUCUUUCAUCGGCUUGGCCUGGUUCUCUGUUGACACGACUAGAAAGAUCAAGGUGAUGAAGGAGAGAGAACACGAAACUGGAGACGUUAAACCUGAGGUACGGCUCGGUCUUUUACCUGUGGGAUCUCUACUGCUGCCGGUCGGAUUCUUCAUCUACGGGUGGACUGCAGAUAAACACACGCACUGGAUGGGACCGAUCAUAGGCCUGACGGUCAUUGGAGCUGGUAUGGUUACAAAUAUCACUGCCCCUGAUCUUUCUUUCGGUACUGACAACCACCUUUCAGGCAACAUCAUCUGCUUCAUGGCCGUUAGCAUGUACCUGGUUGACGCUUAUUCCCUGUACUCUGCAUCAGCGCUCGCGGCCAAUACGGUCAUACGAUCCAUUGCGGGCGCUGUUUUGCCCUUGUGUGCACUUAAAAUGUACGCCACUCUGGGUCUGGGCUGGGGCAACUCCCUGCUCGCAUUCAUUGCCCUUGCUCUUCUCCCGGUUCCAUUUCUCAUUCAACGUUAUGGAGAGAAACUGCGGAUGAAAUUUGACAACAGCAGCCUAUAG